AUGCUUCAGGAGCUAGAUGGUCCCUUUUUGCACACGUUCAAACUCGAGGAGGGUCGCACUUCUCGUGACCUGCCCUGUCACUCCAAGUCCCGCAAGCACAAAAAGAAGAAAAUCCCGCUCUCCAAUGGGGACGAGGUGGAAAUGGAUUUGGGUCGUAUUGAUGCCGAUUCACCUCUUUUGUGGCUGCGGCUGGAUCCGGAUCUCCAGGUCAUUCGCAGCAUCCACACUGAUCAGGCGGACUAUAUGUGGCACCUGAUGUUGACCCACGAUCGUGACUGUUUAGGCCAGCUUGAGGCUGUCCGUGUGCUGGCCAAUUUCGCCUCUGCAGAAACGCGAGUUGCCCUCUCAAACAUUGUGGCCGACUCGCGUGUCUACUUCCGUGUUCGUACAGAUGCCUGCUUCGCUUUGUGUCGCGUGGCCAACGAGCUGUCUAUAAGUACCGGCGGUGUGGGGGGCGGGGGUAAUCCCAAUGCUUCGGCCUCCGCGUCAAGUGUCCUCUUACCGCUUUUUUGGCAACUCUACUCCUCUCCCAUUGCCCGUGGACUGAUUCGUCAGAACGACUUUUCUCAUUUGCAGAGUUACUUUCUACAGAAGGCCAUUGUCCGCGCAGUGGCUACCCUCCGAAUCCAGCAGGUCUGUCCUCGUGAUGUGCUCAGUUUUCUGGUCGAAUUAAACCGUUACAAUGAUAAUUCACGCAAUCCCUACUCCGACUGCUAUUACCGGGCAGAGAUCAUCAAGGCCAUGAAAGACACUCUAACACCGGCCAUCGUAAUGCGCGGUGUGCUCUCCGUGUCUUCUUUACCGCCGGAAGCUCGCACAGUCGUAGAAGAAGUAGCACGCUGCAUGAAUCUGGAAUCACAGAUCCCUAGCUACAAGAACACUGUCACCGUGGCCUGUCUACUGGCUAUUCGCCGUCUCCAGCGCUUCAGUUUCCUACCUGUUGAGCCUACUCUCUUUUACAAGGCCGCAGCCGCCGGUCGUUUCAUUGACGUCCGCUUAGCGGCUAUCGAAUGCUUAGUGGACUUUGUUCGUGGGGAACGUGAUCAGGCUGCUUUGUACUGGCUUUUUGAGAAUAUCAUCGAGCGCAACGAAGGCUCC